CCAAAUUAGUAAUUGGCCCCUAUCAUCCAGGUCCUGAACGUGAUAUGCGGGAACUUGAUAUGUAGAAGCGACAUUAAAAAUCCAUUGAGGCUUAAGAUCAUUUGUUUCUUCAUUCUCGUCAAAUUAAUCUUGCAAUAGUCUUCUCCCAGAUAAGGAUGGCCGAAGUUGAUGAAGUAGCUGUUGGGAUCGACUUAGGGACAACAUACUCCUGUGUUGGAGUUUGGCAACAUGAUCGAGUAGAAAUUAUUGCAAAUGAUCAUGGUAACAGAACUACACCAUCGUAUGUCGCUUUCACUGACACUGAGCGUUUCAUUGGCCAAGCUGCUAAAAAUCAGGCUGCUCUCAAUCCUGUCAACACUAUAUUUGAUGCUAAAAGGUUGAUUGGAAGGGGAUUCUUGGAUUCAACUGUGCAAAGUGACAUGAAGCUCUGGCCAUUCGAGGUAAUUAAUGAUGGUGAUAACAAACCCAAGAUAGUUGUGACUUACAAAGAAGUGGAGAAACAAUUUUCACCUGAGGAGCUGUCUGCAAUGGUUCUAAUUAAGAUGAAGGAAAUUGCAGAAGUUUACCUGGGAAGGAAUGUCAACAAUGCUGUUGUCACCGUCCCUGCACACUUCAAUGACUCACAGCGGCAGGCUACAAAAGAUGCAGCAACUAUAGCUGGCCUCAAUGUGUUGCAGGUACUUGUUGAGCCAACUGCUGCUGCUGUCGCUUAUGGCCUUGACAAAAAUCUUACUAGUUCAGUCGGGGAGAAAACUGUGCUUGUCUUUGAUCUUGGUGGUGGUACUUUUGAUGUUUCCCUUCUUAAAAUCAAAAAGGAUAGUUUUGAAGUUAAGGCUACUGCAGGCAAUACUCACCUUGGAGGUGAGGACUUUGACAAUCGUUUGCUCAACUAUUUCAUCGAGGAAUUUGAAAGAAAGCACAAAAAGGACAUCCGUAAAAGUGCUAAAUCUUUAAGAAGAUUGAAAAAUGCUUGUGAAAAGGCAAAGAGAGUUCUCUCACAUAAUACUGUGACAACCAUUGAUGUAGAUUCUUUGUACGAGGGAAUUGAUUACUGUUCAAAAAUUACGCGUGCCAGGUUUGAAGAAUUAAACAUGGAUCUGUUUGAAAGUUGUAUGGAUACAGUGAAAAAGUGUCUAGAGGAUGCGGAGAUGGACAUCUGCAGUGUUCAUGAUGUCGUACUUGUAGGUGGAUCUACUAGAAUUCCCAAAGUGCAAGAGCUAUUGCAAAAAUUUUUCAAAGGGAAGGAACUAUGCAAGAACAUAAAUCCUGAUGAGGCUGUUGCCUAUGGUGCUGCCGUUCAAGCUGCUAUAUUAAGUGGAGAGGGUGGCAACAAUAUCAAGAACUUAGUGCUGCUUGACGUUACUCCUCUGUCUCUUGGCAUUGAAAUCAAGGGCGGCAUCAUGUCUGUAAUUAUUCCAAGGAACACCACUAUACCCAUCUCAGUAUUGCAGAGAGGAUUUUCUAAUCCAGAUGGUUAUGGGACGGACGUUGCAAUCAACGUAUAUGAAGGUGAGAGAACAAGAGCGGAACACAACAAUUUACUUGGAACGUUUGCAUUGUCUGACCUGCCUCCUGCCCCAGAGGGCACGAUAGCAAUUUGGGUUACCUUUACUGUUGAUGCUAAUGGAGUGUUACAUGUUUCUGCUGAGAAUACGGCUACUGGACUGGUGAAUAGCAUUACAAUCGACAAAAGAGGAACACUUACGAAGGAGGAGAUUGAAAGAAUGGUAAAGGAUGCUGAACAGUUUAAGGCUGAAGAUGAGGACUUUAGGAGAAAGUUUGACAAAAUGCAAGAACUCAAGGAUUAUGUGUAUAAAACGAGGGACUUUGCUGAAAGAAAUUACAAUCUUGACGCUUCUGAUAAGACGAUGAUAAGUUUCUACUGUAAGGAAGCUAUUGAAUGGCUAGAUGCAAACAAGAAUGCCGAAAUUCACGAGUAUGAGUACAAGAAGCAGCACUUUAAAGCAUUGUGCGAGCGAUUCAAUAUUUCUGGCAGUUCAGGCAUUAAGAUUGAGAAAAUCGAAUAAUCUUCAUGUUCAUCGUGUCUGGAUUUUCAAGUCUAGUAUUCUGCAGGUUGGUGUGAUUGUUGUCACAUUCAAACAAAAGUAGAAGUUUUCAACCUAUCAUACUAAAUAUCUGCAUUG